AUGGCACGUCAACUCAACAUGGAUACGCUGCGGCAGAACUUCUGGAAGGAGGAAUAUCUGAGGGAGAAGAUGUUGCGCUGUGAAUGGCACCGCAAGUAUAGCUCAGUGGUGAAGGUCAAGCAGAAGGCUAAGGCUUCAGCCCGCCUCCCCCUCAAACUGCCGACCCUGCACCCCAAAACCCCGCUUUUGCCCCCAGCUGCCCCCAAAGCAGUAACACCCAAGGGCCCCAGCCCUGUCCCGAAGGCCCCUGUUCAGGCAGAAAUGUACCCAGUGCCGCCUGCCACCCGGGCCCUGCUGUAUGAAGGCAUCUCCCACGACUCCCAGGGGCGCUACCAGUACCUCAACACCCGAAAACUGGACUUGCCAGAGAAGCGCUACAUCUUCCCCAUCACCACCAACUUCACUUACGGCUGGCAGCUGGGGCCCCCCAUGAAGCAAGAAUUGGUCUCCUGCAAGAUGUGCCGCAUUGACUCAUUCUUCCGCAAGAACGGGGCCUUCGACUUUCUUGACCCCCAGGACCUGGCUCUCUGACCAGGGCCCAGCAG